CCAUUCCGGUUUUCUCAGCUGUACCAAAUUGGUAACCGGUUAAACCGUCUAAAAAGAUAAGACGGGCUAUUACACUUCAUCAUCCAUCUACAACUGCAAAAUCAAAAGAUGAGGCUUCACUCUUCUCCUGCCUCUGCUCGCUGCUGCAACUUAUUUUGUUCCUCCCACAAGGCCAUCCCAAGAGAAAGCGAAUGGAAGUUUCAAGUUCCUGUAAAGCACAAAGAUUUGGAGUUUCUGAUCAAGAGGUUUGCUGCUCCACUCACGGCGGUUAUUCUUGCGGUUUCACCCAUCUGUAAUCCUCCAGAAUCUCUAGGCCAAACUUUGGAUAUACAAAGAGGAGCAACAGUGUUUAAUAGAGCUUGUAUUGGCUGUCAUGAUACAGGCGGAAACAUUAUUCAACCUGGAGCAACGCUUUUCCCAAGUGACCUCCAAAGAAAUGGAGUUGAUACUGAGGAAGAGAUAUACCGUGUUACCUACUUUGGAAAGGGAAGAAUGCCGGGAUUUGGGGAGAAAUGCACACCGAGGGGACAGUGUACCUUUGGACCGCGGUUGCAGGACGAAGAGAUCAAGCUUCUGUCUGAGUUUGUAAAACUCCAGGCUGACCAAGGUUGGCCAAACGUAUCUACCGAUUAGCUAGUAGCAACAAAGAUUAGUACAGUUUAAUACAGUAAAAACGUGCAUCCUUACAUUGAUGUUUAUGUGUACCUUUCAUGUCUAAAAUUCAAUGUAUGGUGGCAAAUAAUAUGAGAAUUGGGACGCUUCAUUGCAAACAAAUGCUUAUGCUCCAAGAUUUUCCUUGAA